AUGAGCAACGACAAGGACUCCUUCAACGUCGCCGAUCUCACUUCUGUUCUCAACGAGGAGAAUAGAGCAGACCUUGUCAAUGCUCUUAAGAGCAAGAUACAGAGUUUGGCUGGGCAGCACUCUGAUAUUCUUGAGUCGCUGUCACCCAAUGUCAGGAAGCGUGUUGAGGUUCUUAGAGAGAUCCAGGGUCAACACGAUGAACUAGAGGCUAAAUUUUUCGAGGAGAGAGCAGCUCUCGAGGCUAAAUACCAAAAAUUGUAUCAACCACUGUACACGAAGCGGUAUGACAUAGUAAAUGGUGUUACGGAAGUUGAAGGAGCUGCAAUGAAUGAAACAACACCCGAUAGUGGGGAGGAUGAAGAGAAAGGAGUGCCUGCGUUUUGGCUUACAGCAAUGAAAAAUAACGAAGUUUUAGCCGAGGAGAUUUCAGAGCGUGAUGAAGGUGCUCUCAAGUUUCUCAAAGAUAUCAAGUGGAGCAGGAUAGAAAAUCCUAAAGGAUUCAAGCUUGAGUUUUUCUUUGAUACCAAUCCUUAUUUUACCAAUACUGUCUUGACAAAAACAUAUCAUAUGAUUGAUGAGGAUGAACCCAUACUGGAGAAGGCAAUUGGGACUGAAAUUCAAUGGCACCCAGGAAAAUGCCUGACACAGAAGAUUCUUAAGAAAAAGCCCAAGAAGGGUUCAAAGAAUGCUAAACCAAUUACCAAAACUGAAAGUUGUGAAAGUUUCUUCAAUUUCUUCAAUCCACCACAAGUUCCUGAAGAUGAUGAAGACAUUGACGAAGAUGCGGCUGAGGAGCUUCAGAAUCAGAUGGAACAAGACUAUGAUAUUGG